GGCAUGAACGCGGCCUGGUUUGGUGGAAGCACCGAGGUUCCUGACCCGGAACCAUGUCGUGUGAAAGUCCCCCUGGUUUCUCUUCCUCCACUCGUUAAAACAGGAAGUGAUGCCAGUUUCGGUCUCUCAUUUUAGCUCCGCAUUUUAUUCAGGUAAAUGUGUUGGGCACCAGCCUCAGAGCAGGCCAGGACACAGCUGCCGCCUGCACGGAGGCACGCCGUCACACCUGGGUUAGACCAGGACCCCCCCCCCCACAGAGUCGAGUUCAGUGAGGGAACGUCAGCGCGCUGUCUGACGGCUGAGGAGCAGAGCGAUGGCGACCUCUGCUGGAGGACUGGUGCCACGUUACGUGCCGUCCAGGUAAGGGACAGGAAGCGUGGGCUGCGGUGGUUCCGGUGGGUUUGGUGUGAUCUCACCGGGCCAUCAGACUCUCCAGUGCAGAACCCUGACAGAAGUGCGACUUUCAUCAAAGCGCAGCGCCCCCAUGAGGCGGCCGACGACUGAGAGCAGUCCAGCUCAGGCGCUCUGCCGGUGGGCCAGCAGGGGCGCCAGAGAGCUGCUCCAGCCUGCAGUGUCGCUCGUCUGGUUCCCAUCAGCUGUCAGUCAAAACAUCGGGAGACAAAUCGGUGUGUGUGACGUUGAUAACGUGUGACGGACUUGCUUUGAUGUCCGUUCAGGUGUGAGGAGACACGUGAGUCACGUGAAUGGCGAGCGACUUUCUUAAAGCGAUCAAAGUCAGAAACUCAGUCAGACUCCGCCCGCCCCGCUGUCCCGGCGGAUGAAGCAAACGCACCUCCCCGCGCGUCACAGCCUGGUCCGCGUGGACCUCCCGGUGUUGGGGUCCGGAACCAGAACCGCACGGCUCAGCUCGCGCUCACCAUGGAACUCGGCGCACGCGACACCAGCCAGAUCGAAACGGAGCCGGUGAUGGACAGCCAGCUGAGGGUCGGCUUCAUCGGCGCCGGCAACAUGGCGUUCGGCAUCGCCAAGGGGAUUCUGUCGGGAAAGGUGGCGGCGUCCAGCGUGACGGUCAGCGCUCCCUCCUCCAGGAACCUGAGCCGCUUCCAGGAAAUGGGUGUGGCUGUCACUCACUCCAACGUGGACGUGGUCUGCAGGUCUGACCUGGUCUUCGUGGCGGUCAAGCCUCACCUGGUGCCCCCGGUUCUCAGCGAGAUCUCGGGGCACGUGACAGAGAAGCACGUGGUGGUGUCGGUGGCCGCCGGCGUCACGCUGGAGACCCUGGAGGAGCUGCUGCCCCGGGACGCCAGCGUGAUCCGGCUGAUGCCCAACCUGCCCUGCCUGCUCCAGGAGGGGGCGCUGCUGUACUGCCGAGGCUCCCGGGCCAAGACGGAGGACGGGGCGCUGCUGCGGGCGCUGCUGCGGGGCUGCGGUCUGCUGGAGGAAGGAGCCGAGGCCUGGAUGGACGUCCACACGGGACUCAGCGGGAGUGGCGUGGCCUUUGUCUACCUCUUCGCUGAAGCUCUGGCAGAAGGAGCCCUGAAGAUGGGGAUGCCCAGCUCUCUGGCCCACAGCAUGGCCGCCCAGACGGUUCUGGGCGCCGGGCGCUUGCUGAGGGACUCGGGGAAGCACCCGGCGCAGCUGCGCUCCGAGGUCUGCACCCCCGGCGGCACCACCAUCUUCGGGCUGCACGCGCUGGAGCAGGGCGGCGUGCGGGCGGCGGCCAUGGCGGCCGUCCAGUCGGCCACGGAGAGAGCCCAGGAGCUGGGCCGCAGGAAGUGAGGCGGCG